GCUCCGCCACUGUCGCCGGCGUCCGUCACCGUCACAGCAUCCAGCCGCUGCCCCGGAUUGAUAUCGCCGGCAAAUUAACCUCCACGCCGGAUUGAUUGGUCGAUUUCGUAUUUUGACUCAAUUUGACCCGUUCGUUUGAUUUCGUUGAUUUGUCUUCCGUUCGAGCUAUCGAUUCGAUUUCGGCGUAAUCCAGGUCCGUACUAUGAAGUUAAUAGCGUUUAGAAUAGAUUUAAUGAAUGAGUCAAGAAUCGACUCAUGGUCAGUACGUUCCGGAGCCGGAGCACGUGAGCGUGCACACGGUGAACACCGAGGGUUCGAGUUUCACGCCUCCGGGUGACGGAGGGCAGCAGCAGAAUCAACCUGAGCCAGCGGGACAGCCACCAGCUGUACCACCGCCAGUCGUACCACCUCCAUUGAUGCCACCGUUGGUGAUGCCGCAGGUGGCCUAUGAGCAGAUGUUCCCAGCCAUCUUGGCCCAUUAUAUGCAGCACAUGGCGCAGCUUAUGCCCAUGUUCCAGCCACCGCCACCACCACAGCCUCAGCCGCGCAUCGUUACCUUCAAGACAUUGAAGGAUAAUGGAGCGGAAGUGUUUCGAGGAGACAAGAUGGGGGAGCCCCAGAUUGCGUUGGAUUGGCUUGAGCAGAUGGAUCGGGUACUCAAGAAUUUGAGAGUCCCAGAUGCUGAUCGCUCGGAGUUGGCGUCACAGAUGUUCCGGAAGGGAGCAUAUGAUUGGUGGAAGCGCAUUGACCAGGAUCCACACACGCCCAAGCCAUGGACCUGGGAUCGCUUUGAUCGAGCUUUCACGAAGGAGUACAAGUUCGACUACCUGUCCCAGUAUGCGACGAGUCUGGUCUCCACUCCGGAGGAUCGUUUGAAUGAGUUCGUCAAGAAGCUACGGCCGGACUUGAGGCCGUACGCCGCGCUGAUCACGACGACAGAUUUUAAUGCGGCGUAUGAUUUGAUUGUGAAGACAGAAAAGAGCUUGGACGAUUUGCAGGCAACCAAGAAGGAGGAUCGAGCGACGAAAGACCCGCGACCCGCGGCCAGCACCGGGCCGAGCGGGAAUAGUUUCGGAUUCGGGGGAAAGAGGUACGAGAAGGGUUCUUCGAGUGCGCCGCCGCCUGAGAGGAGUAAGUCGAAGCCGUCUCCAUCGGCCGCUUCUAGCAACUCGAUCAGAACGAGGAGCCACCCGCAGUGUGUACAGUGUGGUAGGCAUCACCCGGACGAGUGUUGGCUCGCCCAAGGCUUAUGUUUGGGUUGUGGCCAGCUAGGGCAUUUCAGGAGGCAUUGCCCGACAAACCCUAGCAGCGAGCCUGUUUUUCCUAGAGCUCCGGAUCAGCCUGCCACAUCACAUCCAGCACGGAGUCAGCAGUCUACAGUAGCAAAUAAUCAGCAGAGACCACGUCCGCAGCAGUCAGGCCGGGCACCAGCGCGUACCUAAGCCAUGCAGGGGCGCACAGAUCCUAGUCCCGAUGUUAUCUUGGGUACGUUCAUACUAUUUGAUUCGGUUAUGCAUGCCUUGAUCGAUCCGGGUUCCACGCUCUCCUAUAUAUGUGUUGGCAUGCCUGCUAAUCCUACGAUCGUGAGGAGUGACCUUGAGAUACCUACCGUUGUAUCGAAUCCGCUAGGACAUAGCAUGCGUCUUCAUCACAUUUAUCAUAGGUGUCCGUUGUCCGUGCAAGGGAAGCAAUUCCCUGCAGAUUUGAUAGAGCUACCACACAAGGAGUUUGACAUUAUCCUUGGUAUGGAUUGGCUCACCGAGCAUAGAGCAGUGGU